AUGGGUAAUAUUGGUAGUUCAAUUGCCAAUUCAAUGGCAGAAAAGCAAAAGGCUGUGCAAGUUGAAAUGCAAGAGAAAAUGGUACAAAAUCAGAAAAAGCAAGGAGAAAGAAUGAAGAGAAUGCAAAUUGCUACUCAAGUUGCUAUUGCUAGAGAACGAUUUUGGUGGAUGGCUGGUUUCCAUGGUUUUAUUUCGACUGGUUUACUUGCUGGAUUGAUUAAGAAGAAACCAAUUCAUCCUGGAGUUAUUCUUCCAUAUACAGCUUAUUCACUCGUUGUAUUAUACAAUUGGGACUUUGCUUACGGAGACAAAUUGGAAAGAAUUGAUAAAAUCUAUUCACAAAUUCAAAAAGAAGACCACUGGUACAUUCCAAUUGAUCCAGAUAUGGUUGAAGAAAAGAAGAAGGAAUAA